UGGGGUCGCUCCAUCGUGGCAUCAUCUCUAUGGUUGGUGAGACACCCCGCCCCCGCUUCCUAAGUAAUCAAGAGAAAUGGACUCUGACUUGCUUCAAGUUCGUCAUACAGUGCAAGAAGCAGUUGACACACUAUCUUCUUCUGGAGAUGGCAUCCAGAUCUCUAAGACAUUGUGGAGGAUUAAGAGCUACCUGGGCGGAACUGAAAAUCCACCCUCCAAGAAAGAGAAGGAAGAAUUUACCCGCUAUCAUUUCACUACCUUUCUUCAGUGUCUUAUCAGUAACCUAAGUCCUGAUUGGCUGGAGCAAUUGUCAGAGAAGGAAUUGUGGGAUAGCUUUUUCUUGGAAGGACCGGCAGACCAAUCUUUUUUGGUUCUAUUGGAUUCUAUAAUUUCUACAAAGCCCAGUUUUCGUCUGGAUAAAGUCGUCAGUGUCCUGGAGCAAUUCCUGCAGAGAGCUGGACUCUCCGCUCUGAUGUGGGAAGUCUGCAAGCAACAAACACUCCUUGGCUCUCCGGUGCUGCAGGAAGCGAUCCUCAGCAAGAUCGUGUGUCUGCCUGACCACCUAGGCAACAAGCUCCAGGGAGAAAACCGACCCAUCUUCUUUCCUCAAAACUACUUUCCAUUGCUUGGCGAGGAAAUCAUCCAGGUGUUGGAGAGGAUCUUUGAUUCACUGAGAGGUGGCUUGGAUUGCUCCAUCUCCUUCGUGUCUCAGGUGCUGGGGAAGGUAUGCAUGCAUGGAAGACAGAAGGAAAUCUUGAACGUGUUGGUGCCUCACUUAACGGAUCGUACCCAGUCUGACUGCAUCUGGCAGAGGAUGUGCUGGCGACUGGUCGAGAGCGUGCCAGAUCGCUGGCUGGAAGCUGUAGUCUGUGGCCUUGUUCAGGCAGCGCCAGGGUCUGCUGUGUUGUCACGGUUGUUGGGGAACCUGGUUGUCAAAAGCAGAAAGGCUCAAUUUGUGAUGACCCAGAAAUUGCUGCUGCUUCAGUACAACUAUCCGACUGCUGUGCUGGAGACUCUCCUUGGAUACCUGGCCCUGGACACUAUGCGGCGACCCUUACUGACCAAAGUUUUGAAAGAGCUGCUGGAGACCUGGGGUAGCAGCAGUGCUGUGAAGCACUCCCCAGCGGAGCAGCAACUGUACAUCAGCAAGGCCAUCCUGAUCUGCCUCUCCCAUCUGAAAGAAGCAGAAAUAACAGACAACAGGCAAGAGCUGCUCACAAGCAUGAUGGAAGGGAUGACGUGCCAUCUUGAUAGCAACUUGCCACGGAUCCGUCACAUGGGGAUGGUUGUAGCGGAGUGUAUCAGUGCCAGGAUAACCCCUGAAGGACCACCCUUGAAAUUUCAGUAUGAAGAAGAUGAUGAGAUCAGAGAACUGAAAUCCUUGCUAAGCCAGAGACCAGAACAGACCUCCGUCGGAGAUUCCCCAAGCACUGGGAACAGCAAGCUAGCCACGGCACCAAGCGUUGUCGUGAAACCCAACGUGGAACCGUUCUCGGGUACUUCCGAAGAAGUGGGUCAGGGAACAGACUCCGAGCUUGAUAGCGACGACGACCUCGUUCCGUACGACAUGUCCCAGGAUAAAGAACUGAAGAAGAUCAGGGCUCCCAGCUACAUCCGAGACUGUCUUGAAAUCUUGACAGGCCCCGAAGACGCAGACAAGUACGAAGCCACCAUGGGCGUCUUGGAGGUUCUGAUCCGAAAGAAUCCAGCCGCUGCGCGAGAGGUGAGCGUGGAGCUGGCGAAAGUGCUGCUGCACAUGGACGAGAAGAGCUACAUAGACGGCUUCGUGGGGCUUCGACAGAGCGCCUGGGUGGCCGUCGUGGUCACGGACCCAGUUCCAGUGGCCCAGUAUCUCACCUCCGAGUUCUACUCUCUGAAUUAUAGUCUUCGCCAGCGUAUGGACAUCCUGGACGUGCUGGCCAUGGCAGCUCAAGGACUCUCCCAACCAGCCUCUACUAAACCAAGGCAGCUUCCAAGUCCCAAGCAGUCCAGCAUCCAGGUCCUGUCUGGCAAUGCUGCUUCUCCGGAUUGGCGAGAAGUCGUGGAUGAAAGGAUCAAAAGCAAAACCCGAAGGUUUGCAAAGGGCCAGUCCCAAGCAGAGCCGCUGUGCGCCCCCAACAAAUUUGGCCCAGUUGCUGGUCAUUUCUUCUUCCCACUUCUUCAGAACUUUGACAGGUCACUGACCACCUUUGACCUUUUGGGAGAUGAUCACCUGGUCCUGGGUCGGCUGGCACACACCUUGGCAAUACUCAUGUACUUCGCUGUCAACACUGUGGUAGCAGCUGCAAUGGGAAAGGCAUUGCUAGAGUUUGUUUGGACUCUGCGCUUCCACACAGACACAUACGUGCGCCAGGGCCUUCUGUCUUCUGUCUCUUCCACACUCCUCAGCGUCCCUGCUGAGCGCCUUCUGGAGGACAUGACGGAGGAACUUCUGGAGACCCGGUUCUGGCUGGCAGAUGUUGCAGAGAAAGACCCAGAUGGUGACUGCAGAAGUUUGGCACUGCAGAAUCUACUACUGAUGGAAAACCUGAGGAAAAAACUUGAAACGGCACCUUUCUAGGGAAGGAGGAAUUGACAACAGAGAUGCUCGUGGUCUGCCUCCUGGCCAGCUAACGGUUCAGACUCUUUCUCACUUGGAGGAAAGGAAAGUAAGCAAGGUCCUGGGUUGGUUGCAGAGGGCAAUUCAGUAUGCCAUUGCUUCAUAGUCAGGAGGAUGCGUUAGUGCGCAUAUGCGCACAACUCUGCCGCCCCCCAUGUGCUGUCCUAGCUAUUCAUGGUCUUGGCAGGCAGGCUGAAAAACACCGAGAAUGGAGUGCAUUUGCCCAGUGUCCCUGAGCCGUCAGUACUUGCUCUUGGAUACUUCUCUGGGUAUCUUGAGUUGGUUUAGCUAGUUCUGAUGCUGCAAAUGUCCUAGUGCUUCAUCUCCAAACUCUCCCCACUCAAUUUUAACUUUCAGCUUAGGAAAUACAUUCAGUGAGGAGAGACCUGCAAUAUCUGGGACUGAAACUGUGCAUAGAAUGUGGCAAAUUCAGGACAUGUAGUUAGUUCCACCAAGGUAGGACGUGUGCAGAAUUGUUAAUAGAAGCUAGGAUAUAACAGCCAUCGAAUGUUUAGCUCUAGCCAAUUCCUAAUGGCUGUGUGUGUUGCCAAUUUCAUCUGAGCCAAGGAUGUGGAGCAUAGACUCUUCGACCUGGUUCACGCGUCACGAUGGGAAAUUGUGGGACAUGUGAAGCAUAUGAAAUCUUUCCGGUUUGAAUGAACAACCUACAAACAUAGGUUGUUCACAUGAAGUGCAAAGCUGGAUACUCUGGGUUGUUUAUGGGUUAAGCAACCCAAAGUACGUGGGGGGUUUGGACAUCAUGCUAUCAACCCAGAAUAGGGUGUUUAUUCAAACUAGAAGUAGUACACCAUUGUACUAGUUCAGUCACACUAGCUUUUUGGACUAUGUAUGUCUUCAUUAAUAUUGUUCUGGCUUCAACCUGUGGUGCCUCAUCCUUUAUGAGAUGAAAUGACUUAAGACAUUUGUGUUUCUAAAAAAUUUAAUAAAAUAUUAAAAUA